AUGCCGAGCCUGCCGCAGUGCACCAGCGCCGCCCCCGACGAGGAGGAGCUGUGCGACACGCUGCAGGAGCACAUUGAGCGCCUGGAGCAGCGCGACCUGGCCUCGAUGCGGCAGGGCGCCGUGCUGCGGCGCAAGCUGGAGGAGCUGCGGGAGCUCCGGCGGGAUCGCCACGGCGCGCUGCAGGCCGCGCAGCGGCGCGCCCAGGAGCGGCGCCAGGCGGAGGAGAGCGAGAUGGCCCGCCGCGGCGAAGCGGCGGCGCGGGCCCUGGAGGCGGAGUUCCACGGCCGCUGGGAGGCGGCGCGCGGGCGCGAGGAGCAGCUGGAGGAACGCCUGCGGGCGGCCUCCGGGAGGCCGACCUGUCGUUCUGGCGGUGCUGCGGCCAGGAGCUCGUGCGCGGCGCGGACGGCGGGCCGCACGUCGGCGCGGCAGCGCCCGCCCAGGCACAGGUUCCCGAGCCCGACACGGUCCUGA